AAUUUGGUCCCCGUGUAUUUUAAAGGGGGCCGGGAUUUUUAUUUUCCGUGCCAAAAUUCCGAAAACAUCGCAUAUGCAAAAAUACAUGGGGAAAAAAUCCGCGGACCAAAUUCCAGAAGUGUAAGGUGGGCUUAAAGCUUAACUUCAAAACUACAAAAAAAUCAACUUCUAGGUGGCCAACUUAAAAAAAACCAAUGGAUUCAAAAACAAAAGAAAUGGGUGAGAAGUCCCAUGAUAGGUCUCAGUCUGACGAGGACGACACAUAUACCAGAGAAAUCAAAAACAUAAAGGGGCGUCCCCCGUUGAGAAAGUAUGUAGAGAAGUACAAGGAAAGUUCCCCUGUCGUAGAGAAUCCUAGUGAUGACAACCCGCCAGUAGUCAGAUCAAAUGAACAAAGACAAUCCCGAUCAAAAUCGGCUGAUCCAGAAAAAUUACAACACACUUCUAGUGAAGGGCAAAAUACGAGCGAUAACCCAAUUGAAUCGGUUGAUGUAAGUCAAAUAACUGAUGAUGAUAAUGACGACGAAACCAUUCCAAUAAAGGCAACUAAACCGGAAACUCCGGAUCGUCAAAAACUCUUCAGUAUCAGAAAUUGGGCCAUUCUUACUGCCGUUUUUGUCGCCGUCAUAGCUGCCAUAUGGGUAUAUGUAUGGCCAUACAAACCGGUCCCAAAAAAAAUCCAUCAUAGUUGCGAGCACUUCUCCGAGCUUGAAAAAAAGUAUCCCACAUUUGAUGACAUGCUAUGGAGCACCCUAAUAGUCGGCGUGAAUCGCACCAUCAAUCGAAAUCCCAAUGAACCGGCCACCUUCAUCUUCCUGUACAAUUCGUCGGCUGUGGCCGAUUUGUUUUUGGGCGAUAUCACACGCAUCACCAUUGACUGUUUCGGCACCGGAGGUGCCAUUUGGCGGACAAGCAACGAUUUCAAGGCGGACGAGAUCGCUCAAAACUAUGACCGUGUGUUGAGUCGUUACCGUGAAAUCUUAGAAUCGCAAGGUAUUUUGGUGGUCCGGGAUCUGGACCGUGUGCCGCCGACAGCGGCAAAAAUUUUCUUCCCCAUUUGCGAUUCGUACACACCGUUGGUUCCCAGAGCAGUCAUAUUUUUCACGAUCGACAUCUCUCGACAACCGGAACGGGUGGUGCGCUCAAACCGUAGUUGCACAUCGAUCGCCGAGGGAAUUUUGAAAGACUUAUGGCGUGAUGAUUUACAUCCGAACAUGCUGGAUCCGCUCGUGGUUCGACUGACGGAGAACGUUUUCAGAAUCGACUGAUAAGUACAUGAGUCUCUAAGCAUGGGCAAAGCGCUCAAACAGAAUGCAAAUUUGUGAUAUGUAUUUUCUAUAUUUUAGAAGUUAUUGGCAAUCGACAAACCGGA